AUGACCACGUUGGUCGCUCCAGGCACUCCAUCAAGCAAUUGGGCUUACUCUGAAGAUAUUCCUGGCUCAAGGUGUGGUCCUGACGACGGACCGGGCUGGCCUCGUUCAUAUGCUUUCUUGCAAGAAGAAGAGAUUUGGCGUGAACUGCGGUUUCUAGCUAAACCUCAGAGUACACAAUUUGAUGCUGCAAAAGGCUGGAGGGCAGAUAGUGUCAAUUUUCAACCUUCACCGACGACAAAGACGCAGGACAGAUACGUUGUCAAGCAGUUGGAGAUCAAUGGGAAGUUGUGGACCCUUUCCGGUGUGUUUGAUGGACAUCUGGGGGAUGUAACAGUCGACCACGUUUCCAACCAUCUACCCAUCAUCGUUGGUGAAUUCCUCCAGAAAGCGUUUGAUAGUGACCCCUCGCGCCUAAGUGAUCCAGGUUUCAUUUCUGACUGCUUUUCGCGUUCGAUAAUCGCUUUCGAUGAAGCUAUCGCUGGUGAUGUGUUGAAUUUGUUCGGGGGAAUUGAGGGUCUUUCCAGUUAUACUGACAGGCAAAUCCGGGAGAUAAUCAACGACCCAAAGAACUACCGUAAAGCUAGGCUGAACAUGUACGGCUCUACUGCCCUUGUUGCCCUUGUGGAUGAUACGCACGAGAAUCUUUGGGUCGCGAACGUAGGAGACUGUCAAGCGAUCCUGGUUUCACCCAAAGGCUCUGAUGAUUGGGAUAUCCAGAUUCUAACUGAAGCACACAACGGUGAUAAUGAGGCGGAGGUGGAACGCGUUCGUCGUGAACACGCCAAUGAACCGGAAUGUGUGAUAGACCGGCGGGUACUUGGCGCACUCCAUCCAUUCCGCUGUAUGCUAGCACUCGGUGACACACCCUUCAAACAGCCGCCAGAGUUUACUCGCAGGAUCCUCUAUAAUCUCCUUCCCGGCUUCCACGAUACUUCUCCAUGGGAAGAAUUCCUGGUUCGGAACCGGACACCUCCCUAUAUUUCCGCACAACCCGAAAUCACUCAUAGUCUUCGCUCUUCUUCUUCGCCAUCAUUACCUCGGUUCCUUAUUCUGUCUUCUGACGGAUUCACGGACCUCUGCAGUACCGAGGGUCAACAGCGGAUCAUUUCCGAUUGGGCACACGGCGUCAUCAGCACGCACUCCUCUCCUACAUCUUCGCCUUCGACGCCAGGAUAUGAGUCCCGCAAUAUGGCGCUGAGGCUCUUACGACGUGCACUUGGUGGAGACGAUCAAGCGAGUGUCUCCAGGGUAUUGACCCUUGAUAUGGAUAUCGCAUGGAUUGAUGAUACCUCCAUUGUCGUGCAAACCCUAUGA